UAUAAGUUUACUUAGUGUAAAUAUCAACUUUUGUAACUUCACCUACAUAUUUUCAUUAAAAAACUAUUAAAUGGUCAGUUAUUUGCUAAGCAAAGCGAAAAGAAAUUUUGUUAAAUGAACUUCGGUAAUUAUUCGUUACAGUACAUGCGUCUUUAUUAGAGCCAUCUCGAAGCAUUUCGGCAAUAUAAAUAUUUACUCCAACUUUCUAAAAACUUCUCACGCCAGCUUUGCUUUGAAUUUACCGAUAGCGUUUCAAAAACAAACAAGCCAAAAACAGAAUGAGUCAUUAUACAUAUCUACAUGCAUAUAUUGUACAUAUGUAUCUAUAUCAUAUCGACAUGUAUAUAUUUCUUAAUAAGAAUAAGAUGGCAUAUAAGUAUUUUAUCAAGCUUUUAUUUGUGAUGCUUGCAAGAAGUUGCUUCAGAGUGGUAAAAAACUUCGUCGCAGCAGGAUCGUUUAAAAAAAAAUUACUUAGAUCUCGAGAAGAAGUUCGAAAAGUUUUUAAUCGCUUGUAACUAGUGUAACUAAAAGCAAAAUAUUGUGUGUGCUAAGCAAUUGUAAAAAAACAUUUUUAAUAUAAAAAUAAUAAAAGUUCUUCGCUUUUGAAUAAAGGAAAUUAUGGGAAUUUCUAGUACAUAUUCAGUGCUACUGUUCUGCAGCCUUUUGUUGACUACAUGGUUCGCGUUGACUGUUUCGCAGAUACAACCACGUGAGGCGAAUACCUGUGAGAGUCGCCAGACUAGCGGAAAUAUUUGUGAAUCAUGUGAAUUGUUGUCGACAUGCGUGCGUAACUCCAGCGGUUGGAUGAUAAUCCCCAUUGAAAUUUGUGACACCGCCAAGGGUUACUACUGCAACUCACGUCAUGGCAUGUGCAGCAAUUCGACCGGACCGUGUCAUCCCUUCGCCAUGGAUGGCAAUUUUCCUUGCACAUCGCAGGGUAUUUUCCCCGAUCCGUAUGAUUGUCAAAAAUAUCAUAUGUGUUACUUUGCGGGCGUCACUCUCGUGUCGGUGACACUAGAAUGUUUCGGUAACAAGGCAUUCAAUGUGGCAACUGGUCAAUGUACGGCAACACUGCAAGAUCCCAUCUGUUUGUUGCCGCAAUUUCAAUGCGACAAAGUUGGUGAUGCUCAUGCAUGGCCGAAUAGUCCAAAUUUUUUCUACAUUUGUCGUGCACUUUCGCAGCAAGAUGAGCGUGUACUCUAUCCAUCGCUUUAUCGGUGUUCUGAUGGUGAGGUCUUCAAUGGUUAUGCCUGUCAACAGGGCAACAUACAAUUGGAAACAACGACAACAGCUCCCAUAGCAGUAACAACAGUAGUAACGCUCAACGGUUCAGAUACUGACAGUUCGUCAACGGCGACACCUGCCAGUGGCAGAUGCUCGAUGGCUGGUUUAUCAGCCAAUCCAAACGAUUGUACUAGCUACUAUUACUGUUCGGCUGUGAAUGGUAUCCAGAGCCAACGCAAAUGUCCAUCGGGUACUCAUUUCAGUACUCAGUAUGCAUCUUGUGUCUUCGGUGCAUGCAGUACGUAAUUCUUUAUACUUGUAUUACACAUGCAUUUUUAAAAUUUUGAAAAGUAAAUAAAAUAGAGGAUUUGCUUAAAA